UAUCUUCUGCUAUCAUUGGCUUAUUUUCUAGAUGGGAAGUGAUGGAGUUUUGCGCCUCAGUAGUUCUGCUCUAAACAAUGAAUUCUUUGCGUAUGCAGCACAAGGGUGGAAACAACGAUUGGCAGAAGGAGAAUUUACUCCAGAAAUGCAGUUGCGUAUCAGACAAGAGAUGGAAAAGGAAAAGAAAACAGAGCCUUGGAAAGAAAAAUUCUUUGAAAGGUUUUAUGGUGAAAAAUUGGGAAUGUCGAGAGGGGAAUCUUUGAAACUCACUACAGUGCAGAACAACAAUGAAGAUGAGAGCAGUUCUUUGUGUGGAUCUUCUGGCACACCUGGUCCUUCUAAGCAAGCAACCUUUGAGGAACACGAACAAAAAGACACUAAAACUCCAGCACUACCAGAGAAAGAUAGCAGUCCAUCACUUUGUAAUAUGGAGCAGGUUCCUGUCAAGAAUCUAGUAGCAGAGACAGAGGAUAUACUGAUACCUGAGGAAUCAAUCAUUCAGGAAGAGAUAGCUGAAGAAGUUGAGACUAGUAUUUGUGAAUGCCAGGAGGAGAACUAUAAAACAGAACAGGAGUUUUCUGAGGAGUCAGAAAGUCCAUCUGGAACAAAUGAAGAAACAGAGGCAGUGCAGCUUGCAGACAGCGCUGAGUCCUGUGUCAUGAUGAAUGAUGUAACUGAUACUGCAUCUCACGUUGAAAUGAAAGUGGAGUUGAAGUCAGAAUGCCCUCAAGAGGAGAUGUCUGUUGUGAUAGAUCAGCUGGAGGAUUGUGUAUCACCAGCACGAUCAGCUUCAUCCACAAAUUCUGUCAGUGAUACAGCAGAGAAGGAUUCUGAGUCUGCAAAAGAGCUAAUUGCUCCAGAAAUGCAAAAUGCUGCUCUGGAGGGCUCUUUGUUCACUGGUGGGGGCAUUGCAGUGGAUAUGGAGCUUCAAAGUGACCCUGAGGAACAGUCAUCUGACAAUGCUUGUAUUUCUGAGACUUCGUUUUCCUCUGGAAGUCCAGAAGGACCAUGUGUUUGUAUUGCAUCUCCUGGAGGAGACACUCAGUCAACUUCAGAGGAACCCUGUACCCCAGCAUCUCUUGAAACAGCUUGUUCAUCUGAAGUGUCCAGUACUGAAAACACUGAUGGUGAUAUUCAGCCAAAGGCCACUGAUGAAAACUUGCAUACACCUUUAAUGUCAGAAAUCUCUCCAAUGUCCACUUCACCUGUAACCUCAGAAGCAUCUCUGAUGUCAAAUUUACCUUUAACAUUAGAGGCGUCGCCAGUUUCUAAUUUACCUUUAACAUCAGAAACAUCUCCAAUGUCUGAUUUACCUAUGACAUCAGAAACAUCCUCAGUAUCUUCUGUCCUUCUGACUUCUGAAACAUCUGUGGCAAAUAGUUUGCCUCUUCCAUCAGAAACAUCUCCCAUUUCAAAUUCCCCAAGCAACGAAAGACUUAUUUUGCAACAAAGGAAAUCACCAUGUCUGUCAGAAGAGUCGCUCCCUACUUUAAAAGAAGAAAGCUGUACCAUUCCUAAGGUGGUUCAAGAAGAGAAUCUUGUUGUUCAACCAAAGCAACUUCAGAGUGCACCUGAAAAUUUGAAAGUGGGUCCACUAACAAUUAUACCUGAUACUUCAGCACUGGAAGAGCCCCAAAACAAAAACCUUUGUCAUCAGCCAUGUAAGUCACAUUCUGAAAUUGAGAAAUCCUACAUUGCUUCCAUCCCAGAACACUCCUCCCCUCCAGAGGUGAUCAAAAUUAAAAAUCACAGUAUUCAGCAACGAGGUGACAAGAAAGGGACUCUCUUGCCUUCAGAGGUAGCUGUCUUACCAGAAGGAUCAACAGGCAAAAAUAUUGAACUGUUUCCAUCAAAGCAACACGAAAAGCUAUAUACCUCAUCUCUAGAUAAAUCUUCGUUCUCCGAAGUGUGCAGAAGUAAGUCUCAUAAGCAAACAGGCGGUACCCAAAGCCGACUAGAGAGUUCACAUUCCUCCAAAUCAUCAGAAACCACAAAAUCACCGGAAGUGAGGAAUGAAAGCAGAGAUCCAGAGAUCCCAAAGAGGAAAACAGCAGAACAGCACACUUUUGGAAUCUGCAAAGAGAAGAGAGCUAGGAUAGAUGAUGAUCAGCCUAGUCGUAGUGCUUUGUCAACAAGUCCAUCUGAUAAAGAUCAGCCACUCAGAGAAGAACCCCGAGUUCCACCCCUUAAGAUUCAACUUUCAAAAAUUGGACCACCUUUUAUCAUCAAGAGCCAACCUGUUUCAAAACCAGAACCUCGAGUUACCCCAAGUACAUCGGUCAGCAGUGGAAGGAACACUGGGGCUAGAACUCUUGCAGAUAUCAAAGCAAGAGCUCAGCAAGCACGAGCCCAAAGAGAAGCAGCAGCUGCAGCAGCUGUGGCAGCAGCUGCAAGCAUUGUCUCUGGAGCAAUGGGGACUCCAUGCGAAGGAGGGAAGACAAGAACGCUGGCACACAUCAAGGAACAAACAAAGGCCAAGCUAUUUGCAAAGCAUCAAGCCAGAGCUCAUUUACUCCAGACUAAUAAAGAAUCAAAGUCACAGUUCAACUCAAAGGAAAGUACCUCAUCUCUAGAAGUAUCACCAUCUACUGAUACAAAGAUUGAAGGUUCUACCGGUGUCAUUAUAGUUAAUCCUAACUGCAGGUCCCCUAGCAACAAAUCUGCUCAUCACCGUGAGACUACCACUUUAUUACAGCAGUCACUUAACACAGCUACAUUACCAGAAACUGCUACUGAGAUACCUGUGCACAGUUCCGAUGAGAAUAUACCUAUGCCACAAUUGUGUGAGAAAAUUAUUUCGUCUACCUCUACUGAAAGUAACAGUGUGCCAGUGCUUUAUAAUAAAAGUUCAGUCUCUGUGUCUGUUUGCAGCACUGCUAUGUCUGGAGCAAUUAAAGAACUUUCUUUUGCAAGUUCUGUUGAUAAAUCCUCUGUUUUAAUGUCUGUUGACAGUGUGAACACAGCAGUUUCAGCUUGUAAUAUAAAAAUGCUGAAAUCCAUCCAAGGGGCUGAUACUCCAUGCAUAGCUGUUGGACCAAAAUGUAUUGAUAACAGUAAUGUACCGGUCUCCAUAGACACUACGGUCUUAUCAAAUGCCGUCGAUGACAAAAGGUUGCCAAUACCAAGUAGCAGUGCAAAUAAUGCAGUCUCCAGUCAUUAUGCCUCUGUGCCAGCUUCAUCCAUUGCAAAUAACUUGCCAAAUCAUCUCUCUGGUAGUUCUGUGUUGAUUCCCCCAGUGGGGACUACCAACAGAUUUUCUUCUGAUAAGAUAGCCAUAACAGGGUGUAAUGAGCAAAGCGCUGUCUCCAUCCACACUACCGUCAGGUCAGCUUUAAGUUGCAGUGAGGCUGUUGCAGUAGCAGAUUCUGUCUCAAGGCCACCCAUUUCAAUGUUUACUGGUAACAUGGUGACAAUAAGCUCCUACGAUAAUGCUACUAAAUUAAAUGCUGAUCUCUUAGACAAAAGCUCUGGAGCACGAAACCGAAUGGAUCUCUCGGGUAAAUCUCAGCCAGUGAGCUAUACACAAACUGCCAUGAAUAGAUCUAUACCUUGCAAAGUCAUUGUUGACCACACUACAAAUUUGAAUUCCAGUCUGUCGCUGUCUUCUUCAAUUGAAAAUGCAGAGAACAGCAGUGACCUGCAAAGCAGACCUGUACGGACAGAAGCUGCCUUACAAAGUAUAGCCUGUUCUCAGGUAUCUGUAAUAAGCAGGCCUGAAGUAGUCUCUAAUGAAAGCCUUGAGCACAGUUCCAGCUUUAUCAACAUUACAGCAAAGCAAGACAGCAAGAACUUGCAGGCAGGUUGUUCAAGUCUUCGAGAAGUGCCUCUUGCUCCCCAAGAUAAAUUAAUUGAGGUGGUUACUCCCAGCCAAGGUUUUUCUGAGCAGUUAAGAGGUCCCUCAGCAUUUAAAAAUGAAGCAGAUGCUGCCUGUGUCAGUCAGUAUAGCACUAACAAUAGAAUUUGUUGGCAUGAUGAAGAGGCAAUGAGCACAGACCAGCCGGUGGUCAGCCAUCUUAACGCCAGUAAGCAUAAGGAAUAUGCAGAACAAAACUGUUUAAAAAGUGUCAAAACCGAACCUUCCAGUUACACGCAAAUGUCAGAGCUGCAGUCCAGGAGUCUUUUGACAAGCCUUGCUGUUCCUGUUAAAUCUGAAACUAACGAGUCUGACAAGUGCUUCAGGAUGGACACAGAGGAUUUCACAGGCCCUGAAAUGGCAGCCCAACCCACAGAAAUAGCCCCAAGCGCUCAGCCAGCACAGGCCGCCAAGGCACCCAUUGCGGAUUCCAUGGAUGACUCCCUGUCCCUGACAACAGAAACCCUCAAAAGAGUUACGAGUGCUGGGGGCUCAAGCUGUCGCCUCUCGUCAGUGGAGGCCAACAAUCCUUUAGUGACACAAUUACUGCAAGGCAAUCUGCCUUUAGAGAAAGUGCUGCCGCAGCCCAGAUCAGGAGCCAAACUAGAAAUUAGCAGGCUUCCCUUGCCUUUGCAAACUACCUCAGUAUGUAAAACAGCAGUGUCCGAGAGAAAUAUUGUUGAGCAUCCUUCCAGUUCUCCUAACCCAGAUGGUAAAGGAUUUACAGCAGGCAGCAUAGCCCCGCUACAAAUCAGAAAGCGUGAAAACCAUCCAAAAAAGAGGAUGGCCAGGACUAUAGGGGAACACGCUCAAAUUAAAUGCGAGCCUGGGAAGGUGUCAAUGGACAGCGAUGUUAAAGCAACUCCUUGUGUAAUUAGUUCCAGCAUGAACCAGCUAGGGCAUGGGCAGCCAUUUAAACAAGAGUGGCUGAACAAACAUGCAGUUCAGAGCCGCAUCGCUCACAGCCCAGAGAUCAAGCAGCAGAAGAGGCCAUUGCCUUCGUGCAGUUUCCAGCAGAGCUUAUUUCACAUUGAUAAAAAUGGCAGCUUUCACGCAGAAGCUAGUACCUCACAUAGACAGCAUUUUUACCAAAUGUCCAUGGCAGCGAGAGGCCCGAUUCCCACGGCAGCUUUGUUGCAAGCUACAUCAAAAGGCCCACCUGGCUGCAAUGCGUUUGCUUUUAGCAGACACCUGGAACAGAAGAGCUUGGGAGAUGGGAAUAUUUCUACAGCAGCUCACCAGCUGAGGCUAGGAAGUGUCUUUUCCCCCAAUAUUCAGAUUAAGGAAGGUGAUGACAUUGCCGGUGCCUCUCAGACGCUCCAGAGUAAAACCUUAGUGCAUCCUCCUCCUCCACCCCCACCCCUGCCCCCUCUUCCCCCUCCUCAUCCAAAUGUAGAUGUCCCCUCUGAUCAAAAACAACCGACAGUUACUAUGGAAACCACAAAAAGACUUGGUUGGCCUCAGCCAGCAAGCAUCUGUAGCAAUAUAAAAUCUGAACCUGUUUCUUUUGAGGAAGGUUUAAGCAGCAGCUGCGAACUGGGCAUGAAACAAGCUUCCUAUGAUCAGAAUGAAGUGAAAGAACAGUUAAAAGCAUUUGCAUUAAAGAAUGCAGAUUUCUCUUCCUAUUUACUCACUGAGCCACAGAAGCCUUUUACCCAACUUGCUGCUCCAAAAAUACAGACACAGCACCCGCAGCCACAGCAGCAGCAGCAGCAGCAGCUCUGUGGAAGUUAUCCAACAAUACACUUUGGUAGCACAAGCUUCAAAAGGGCAGCAUCUGCAAUUGAGAAAUCGAUUGGGAUGUUAGGAAGUGGCUCGAACGCUGCCACGGGCCUGUCUAACCAGAACGCGCAGAUGCCGGUUCAGAAAUUUUCUGACAGUAGCAAUGCCGAUGAACUGGAACUGAAAUGCUCUUGCAGGCUGAAAGCCAUGAUCGUGUGCAAAGGCUGUGGCGCCUUCUGUCAUGAUGACUGCAUAGGGCCUUCCAAACUGUGUGUAGCUUGCCUGGUUGUACGGUAGAGACUGGGUCAAAGAUGCAGUAUCCCUUGUCAGCGCUGGAGAAUAGGGCAGAGGAUUGGAGGAAUGGAACAGUUUAGGCCAUUAACAGUUUGCAAUUAGUUGUUUGGCUGUUUAUUUUUGUUAUUUUUUUCCCCCUCAUGGUGCUUUCAGAAUUCAGUUAUUCUGGCCUAAGUGCCAUUCACAGGAAGGAAGAGGAAUCCUGUAAAUCUAAUUUUAAAAAAACUGAGAGCUUUGCCACCAAAGCUUCUAUGAGCAUUCAUGCUGUGUUAUAAAAAGAUUUUAAAAAAAAAGGCAUUAUUGCAUGGCAUUCCUAGCUCCUAUUUAUUUGCACAAAGUGCAGCACAUUUUCCCCCACUUUUUUGAUUGUUGAUAGAAGCUACAGGUUAAAGAUCAGUGGAAAAUUAACUCUAUGAGAAAUGGAGUACUAUGCAGAACUGCACACUGCAUGCCAACUGCCCAUCAUGUAGGGCAGUGGGAGGGUGUGCACAUCGGUCAUGGUAGCCUCUCAGUUACUUUGCAGUUUUUCUGCUAAUUGAGUUGUUUUCUUAAAACUUUUACUGUCUAGCGCUAAAAUAUAGUUACCUCACUCAGCAAAAAAUGAGGAAUUUGGAUCAUUAGAGGAGUUUCCUCACGUGCCUGCUGGAGAUUAUGGAACUGAAAUCUUAUUUAACAUCUCUUCCCCUUGAUUCCUUGAGAAAGACUCAUAUCUGUGAUGGGUUAGUGAGACCAGCACUGGAAUCACGUUGCCUUCAGUAGAGUCUCGAGAAAGUAACUUUUGUACUGGGGAUUAGAAGCCUCUUCUCCUGUUUCCUACUCAAAUAUUCUUUAUUUGUAUUUGUCUCUCUAAUCUGUUCACUUGGUUCGUCAGCCCCAAAUAUAUAUAGGGUCAGACGUAUGUAAUAGGUCCUGGAUAUUUUAGCCUUUCUGUGGCCUAAAAUCGAUGCAUUCUUAUGAUGAAUUAAUAAGGAAAGAUUCUAAUUGUGUAUUGAUUGAAUACUAGAUUAUCUGUUAUUUUUACUUUUAUGUGAGUUACUCAAAAUAAUAUCUGAUUUUUGUCACUUAAAGUCAUUCUUAAGCACUACUUUUUUUUUUUUUUCCCUGAAAGGAAUGUAGACCACUUACUCUACAUUUUAGAAAUUUGAAAGCAAAAAGGCAUUUUUUAAAGGGAUACUGCAUCUUUAAAGUGAUCUUCAGUAUUUAUCCAGUACUGUAUUUAAAUUUAGGACUAUAGUUGCAUUCCAUAUGUGUGAGCCACCAUUACAGCAGAGAAGAAAAACAAUAAUUUGGGGGCCCUAUACACCUAAAAGGAAAAUAUUAUAAAGGGAUAAAGCACGUGCAGUUGCUGGGGAGAUGAAAAUUUCUUGUUUUUUUUUUUUACUCCCACUUCAAGAACACAGAAUGUAGAGUGCAAAUCAUCCAUCUGUUAAUACAUGAUCGGGCCUGCCCAAAUGUGAGCAUCAGAGAGAAAUGUUAUUUUUACCAUUACAGUAGAACCUCAUUAAUCCAAAGGCCUUCCAAUCUGCUCAAGAAAACUGGUUUUCUUUUCACAGUUCUCAGAGCAAUGUAAUAAGAGUGUAAUUAGAGUGCAUCAGGUGUAAUACUGUUUAGAUCUCAGCAUUACUUAAGUAUAUAAUGCUACAGUUACUGGGGCAUUCUGAAAUAUUGUGAAUUAAAAUUGAUGUGAAUGAAUUUAGGAAAUUAAUGAUUUUAGGAAACAGAAAGUAUACUACAUACUGUAGUAUACAUUUUACACAGUACUUUUUUAAUUCAAUCUUUGUUUGCACACUUACUAGUAAGCUGUAACUGGUCUCCCUGACGCUGGUAUUAGUGAGGUCCUACUGAAUGGAGGAAUCACAUUUAUUUCCUUGUGGGACCAUUUUCACAAACACAAUAAAUGCCGUUUGUUGUCUUAACAUUGAGCUGGAAUAUCUACAACAUACAUUCCUGUCAUAGGAAGCUCUAUGGUGCACCUUGAUGUUCUCUUUUAUUGUAAUUAGCAACAUAUCGAUAUUAUUUUUGACACUGUGUGAUGCAAAGGCCAUUUAUAAUUACACUAACAAAUUUGUUGCUGAUACAAUAAUAUAUUUUUUCUAUACAAAAGUGCUCCUUAGUAUGAAAUGAGAGUUAAGAAACGGCUUCUCAGCACUUUCACAUCUCCUUGUAAGAAAAUAUGCCAGCCAAGCAAAAACCUAGAAGUAACCAUAUGAAAAUUUGCACUCAGUGGUAUGCUGCUGGAAAAAUAGUGACUGGAAAAUACUCAUGGAUAAGCAUGAGUGUAGUCAGUUCAUGCAUAUCAAGUUCAUAUUUGAGGAGCCUUUGUAUUGGAAUUGUAUUGCAUUGUAUUUAUAUUUGGUAUAGGUAGGAUGCUUCUAUUUAAAAUGAAGAGAGCAACCAGUCUUAGACUUCUUAUAACCUGUGUUUAUAUAAGCCUGCUGGGAAUCCUUAUUUCUAGCUCAGGUUUUCCUGUCCACAGCACAUAAGUCAAUAUUUGUUUGUACUUGCAUCUUGAAAUACUUCUUGUAUUGACUGACAUCAUACAGAAAUAAAUUCCGGCCACAAAAAUAGUUUUACUUUGUUCAAAGGAUAAGAGUGUGACUAAUGUGGUAGGUAACUCAUUCAUGUCAGAUUGACAUUUUUGUAUCAGGAUUGCAACUUGCAUGUGUGAGGUCAUGAUAAAAUGUUAUUUAAAGUGGCAUUAGACUAAAUGGUGCUAUGUUGUAUUACACCACUGACCAAACUCUUCCAUAGUGCACUUCCAUUUCUUUCAUUCAUGAGUCAAUGAAAUUACACCAGGAAUAAAUUUGACCAAUCAGUUAACAACAGUUGUGAAGUGUUGUUACAGAAAAUAGUUUUAGUUUAUUGAAAUAUUCAAAAGCAACUGCAGUGAUAUGGGAACCCCACUGAAUCUUAGUAGGACUGAAAAUCUUUCUUGGAUUCUCAUAUCACACAAAUGCUUGGGGAAGAGUGACCUAUGGUCCUAAAGCAGAACACAAUCAUCUUUAGAAGUUAAUUUUGAAUGACUCCUUUUCUUUUGGGCUUCAUGCCCACUGUCAUUCUGUUUUCUUAUGACUGUGCAGUUUGCACCAUUGGGUGUUAAUAGUUUAUGCACUGAAAAGUGGUGAAAGAAUUGCUUGAGAACACACUGCUCUGUGUUUGCGUGUACAUACGUGUUCCAAUGUCCAGCACAUAUUAUUUACUUCUUUUUUUUUUAAAUCUUCCAAAUUUGUUCCCCUCUCCUAACCCCACUCCUGCCCCUGAAGCAGCACUUUUGGGUGAAAGGGAGAAACAUUCCUCUUUUCUUUCCUCCCUCUUUGUUUUUGUUAAUUGCAUACCUGCGAGUUAUGCAGAUAACAUUAGGGCAUUUGCAGUGUGUGUGUUUGCGUGUUCCCGUUCUGAACUAGUUUUCCAAGCAGAAAUUCCCUUUGAAAUAACAUAAAAAAGAGAAAAAAGAAAAAAAAA